UGUUGCGGCAGUAUGGUCUGCGAGCCGCUCUUCAACGAAGUGCCGUUUGUGAAUCAAUGCAUACGAGUUGUAUGCAUUCGGCUUAUUUCCUUUCACGACGGACAACUCCGCGGAUGUUACGAGGAACCUAACUUAAAGUGUUUAAGAAUAAUCUUGAUUACGCGUUUAACCUGGCUUGUUACAUGCAAAUUCGUAACCUUGAUGAUACCCAUUGCGCAACAGUUGCACACUGAUCCCUUGAAGAGAACUGAGCACACGUUGAAGUAUAAACAAAGCGAUGGAAAGCCGCCGUUGUAUGAGCACCUCGUUAUGUGCAUUUAAGCGUCGUGAAACGCCGAAAAUAUAAAAUAAUUAUAAAUGAUUAGCUUUAUUUCAAGGGCAUUCCACCAAAGCGUAUCAAAAAUGGCGCUAAAACAUGGCGCAUAAUUCGAACUUGCGCUGACUAGUCUACUUCGAAUCAUCUUCUGAUUCAUGGAGCACAACGAUACAAACGAACCAGCGCUCAGUCCUUAAUUUUUUCCUCUGUUUUUAUAGAUUAUGUAAUGCUUCUACGCGAAAAUCUUGAGGAGUUUGCUUCUUUAAUGUUUGAGCUACUUUGGGGGCGCGACAAGCGUCUGCGGGCUUUUGUUUUGUUGUUUCCCCGCGAUCUGUUGGCGCUUGCCGUACUGCUUAGAACUUGUGUGUUUCGUUUUCCUCGUUUCUUCUGCUCUGGCCGCUCCCUGUUCUCCUUUCCCCAAGACUCGGCUCGCUCGGCCAACUCAGCUUCUCCGGUUCUUACAGCCACGUCUGCCGUAUCACGCGUAUCUUUCUAUGACCAACGUCCAGGCUGAGAGGAGAUUGAUACAAAGCCAAGAUGCGCAGAUUUCCAGAACCGUAGAGGACGACCUCUCCGUUCGCUCUGUGCUUCUUCUAUCAACGCUCGGUGAAACGCGGCGACAACCACCCGGCAAAGAAUGGAAGCCACUUGCAAAAGCUACCUCGGCCUGGACUUCAGCACGCAGCAGCUGAAAGGUCUGGCGAUCGAUGACAAGCUCAGAGUGCUUUGCGAAGCAGCAGUUCAGUUCGACAAUGACUUGCCCGAGUAUCGCACUCAAAACGGUGUGAACAAGAAUCGCGACACUUUGACAGUGACGGCGCCCACAAUCAUGUGGAUAAAAGCACUUGACAUGCUGCUAGAGCGCCUCAAGGUAGCAGGCCUUGACUUGUCAACCGUAGCGGCCAUCUCCGGGAGCGGUCAGCAACACGGAAGCGUUUACUGGAGAAAGGGCGCCGCCGAUAUGCUCCGAGAUCUCGACGCAUCAAAGUUUCUCCACGAUCAACUUCAGGGAGCGUUCAGCGUUCGCGAUUCCCCAGUCUGGAUGGACUCGAGCACCGAGGCACAGUGCCGCAAUCUUGAGACUGCCGUCGGUGGAGCGCAGAGUCUUGCGGAUAUCACCGGCUCGCGAGCAUUCGAGCGCUUCACAGGCAACCAAAUCGCCAAGAUUUGGCAGACGAAACGCGAUGCCUACGCGAAUACCGAACGCAUCUCCCUGGUGAGCAGUUUUGGCGCUACAUUAUUCCUCGGCCGCUACGCACCAAUUGACUUUAGCGACGGCUCUGGCAUGAACUUGCUGAAUAUACGUACUCACCGCUGGGAACGCGCAUGCCUCGACGCCUGCGCGCCAGAUUUGGAAGCCAAGCUUGGCGAGCCCGUACCGUCUCACGAAGUUCUCGGCACUGUCGCACCGUAUUUCGUGGAUCGCUACGGUUUUCCACCGGACUGCUUGGUCAUCGCGUUCACAGGCGACAACCCGGCUUCGUUGGCUGGGCUCCGUCUCUGCGGCGGCGACCUGCUUGUCAGCCUUGGAACUAGUGAUACCGUGCUGAUGUGGCUGAGCGAUGCGAAGCCCGCCCUCGAAGGCCACGUGAUGGUGAACCCUGUGGCUAGUGACGCCUUCAUGGGAAUGUUGUGCUACAAAAAUGGCUCACUGACCCGACAAAGAGUGAGGGACCAGUGUGCUGGAGGCUCCUGGGACAUAUUUGCGUCUCUCAUAGACAGCACACCUCGCGGUAACUUUGGAAACAUUGGCAUGUAUUUUGACUUAAAGGAGAUCCUUCCGCCUGUGGUAGGUGACUUCAAGUUCAACAAGAGUAACGAGAGGGUUGCAAAGUUCUCCCAGGAAGUUGAAGCAAGGGCAGUUGUCGAAGGUCAAUUUCUUGCUAAACGUGUUCAUGCGGAACGACUUGGGUUCACCACUGGUGGCAGAGUGCUGGCGACUGGCGGUGCCUCCAAAAAUCCUGGAAUUGUCCAAGUAUUAGCUGACGUGUUUGGUGCCUCAGUGUACACACUUGGCAAAGCUGCUGCAAAUGCUGCAUGUCUUGGUGCGGCCUAUCUGGCUUUCUUUGGUGCAGGCAAGAAAGCUGAGCCUGGACUGUCCUUUGAUAAUGUGAUCAGUGAAGCAGAACCAUUCCACUUAGUAGCUAAACCAAGUGCUGAUGCAGCUUCCGUCUAUGGUCCAAUGGCAGAACGAUAUCGCACACUUGAGCAAAGGGUAGUUUCACUGCAAGUGCAAAGCACUCCGUAAUAUUUUUCACCUCUAUGCAGUGCCUUGAGAUACGCUUUCCUAUUUUUUUCGGUGGAUGGGUCCAGGUAAAAAUUAGUGUUCUGUGUAUGUUUUGCUACGGGUAAUGCGGUGUAGCGUAACUGCAUGGCUGAAAUGGUAGUGUAAUAGUUAUGGAAUAACAACCGUAUGCCUAUGUUGUAUGUUCCAAGUUGCUUCCUUUUAUGCUGUGGCAUUUGUCAUAAACUCAUAUAACUAUGCACACUGUUAUUGCAAAGUUGUGCGUCGAGCCUAUAAAUGCUCUUUUAGGCACUGCCAGGGUAAUAUUUAUUUCAUUACGGUUCAUUUCACUCUUAGCACAGCUGUGCUUAUUGUACGCAGUGUUCACAUCGAAGGUGUCUUUUGGGCUAUGGUGCAAUGGUGCUUUACUGUAUUCUUUACACCUGUUGAUUCUUUUUUUUUGUAAUACACCUGUGAUAUUUAACAUUUGUUUCCCGAGACAUUUAUACAGUCUCACUUGACAACACACUGGCUUAUGUGCUUUCGGCCUGCUAAUAAAGCACAUGUGAAAAUUUUUACUGCUG